UUACAGAGACUGCUGGAUCCGUCGCUUCCCUGGUCUUCUAAUUGACCUGGAGGAGUCUCAGAAGCUGGGGGCCCAGUUCUUGAAGUAUUAUUCCGAAAGCACUGGUAGGAGGUGCAGUCAGAGCUGCUGUCUUCGGAAGGACGGUAAGCGUUCAUGACACGCCUGAGCAAACCAUCAGGGGGACCUUCCAAAGUGAAGAUCUGAGAAAGGAGUCCUCAACAGAGGGCCCAGUGAAGGGGUGACAAGGACUAGGGAGAAUGCCCUGGGAUGAGGGAGGGGGCAGAGAGGGAGAGACAUUGAGACUGAUUUUGCAGUUGGAGCCAGUGCAGGCUCGCUUUACAAAUCUUGUCAUGACCCGGGAGGCUAUGGACCUACAGUGUCCUGUAACUUGGCUGUCUUCUUCCAUGACCCUGUUCAUGACAAUGUCAAUUGCCUCCAUGUCCACUGCCCAACCCUGGAGAGCUGCAUAUUGGAACCCGGAACCAAUGCCAUUUUAUACAACAUAACAGACGGUAAUGAUCUAUCUACUUUGCACAUAUUUUGAAGAAUGUCAGUAAUAUUUUAUAACUUAUAUUUAUAUAACCUAGAAGUUGGCUGGCAUGUAUAAAUCUCUAAAUCAUUACUUUCCAGUGAACUUUAUCUGGAAAAGUUUGGGGCUUCCAGGGCAGAAAACAAAAAGGAAAUCCCCUUUAGUUUGGCAUGUUUAGUGAUGAUGAGCUCAUCCCAGAUAACAAAUCAUGUGUGAUUGAACAAGAGUUUAAACAUUUUAUUUCAUUUAUCCCAAGAGUCAAAGUACUGCCAAAUACCCAUUUGGCUCUUGCCAAAUACCUAAGAGCCAAAAUAGGUAUUUCUAGAAUAGUGGUUAAGGAUACCACUAGGCAGUAAAGAAAAUGCUAAAUGUCAGUUUUGAAGUCUGCUGACACCAUAUACAAGGAUUCUACAAAAAUGGAUGUCAAGGACAGAAAAUACACUUAACGGCCAUACAUUAGUGCCCAAGAUAAUCAGUAUAUGUUACCUUGGAAAACACAUAUUUAAGAGUCCUUUGCCCAUGUAUAUAAGCUCAAGAUACAAAUCUGUAAACAUCAAAGAAGAGAUUUUUGCCACUACAACACAGAGGAGGUAAGUUUCUUUCUCCAUCUGGAUUUACUAAACACAUAAUGCUCUAGGCUGUGCUCAGUGUUGCAGGAGAUGCCAGCCCAACCUCUGCCCUCAAGUUCCUUCUAAUCUAGUUGAUGUGACAAGUCUUACCACUAGGGUAAGUCAUGUAACUAAAUACAAAAAUGUGUGAUGCUACCUCAAAUACAAAGGCUCGAAAGAAGAGUUGGGGUGGACCACAGAAAUUUCCAUUAUUUGGAGGAGGCUUCGUGGAAGAGUCCGGGAAGAAGCAAGAUAAGCUUUGUAUCUCAACUUGGAAGAAAGAACACUGAUGUGGCUGCAAUAGGAGCACACGUGGGCUGCCGUGGAAAUAUGGGUAUAGAUCCAGAUUUGCUUGUUUUUGAACAGUCACUGCCCACAUAUCUAAAUACUCGUUCUUCAUCUAAUACACGGGAGAGACUAAGAAUUCUAAAAGCUAUGAAUUUAGAUAAACAACAACCAACCAUGAUAAAUCAAAUGCUACGGUCAAUAGAGGCGCCAUCAUCAACUGCACAUCAAGAUUUUGUUGCAACCACAAAUACUAGGUAUUCCAAGGAAUUAACCACAGACUCUUGGGCAAGAUUCAUUUUCCUGAAUGACUCCAUUAGCACAAAGGUAAAUAUGGUGUCACCCAGUACUGAUUUCAUCAACAACCCUGAUAACAAGACUCUUUCUCCUUUCUUUGUGCCUGUAGACACAAAACUUUCUCAUAUGCCUAUUCCAUCCCAACUCAACAGUAGCAAACAGUUACUGAACAAAACCAAAGGUUACAACAGCAGAAACCAUACAUCUGAGAGUGAAGACAUAGCACCUGAUCCGGCAUCUGCGACGUCAAAGACCUGGCUGGUUCCUGUGGCCCUUUGCACCUCUGUCAUCUUUCUCUGCUGUUGUGGAGUCAUCCUGGCAUCUGGAUGCUAUCGAAAGCAGCAGGGCCAGUAUAAACCAGGACAGAGAAAGUCAGGUUCCAGGCAAAUGAAAAAAUGCACCCUUCUGAAGGAGCGCUCUUAAUGGUAAAAGAUGUGAGCACUAUAAGCUUUCAAGAGUAUCAUUUUUAGUUUUCUGUAAGACAAGGGCAGUUUAGUUAAAAAAACAACAAAACGCAACAGAUGCCCUUUCAUACUAAUUUCUAAAAAACGCCAAUGUUUGAUCGGCAUAACUGCUUUUCUGAUUAUUUCCUUUUUUUGGGGAAUAGUAUAUCUUCUGUCAAAGUUCCAAAAUUCUGACCUCUGCAGUUACUUAGCACCAUGUACAAGAUACAGUUCUAAGUGCCGAACACGUAUUGUUGAGUCCUUACACAACCCUGUGAGUUCGGUAUGCUGUUAUUUUCACAUCUUACAGAUGAACAAACUGAGAAGAGAGGCUAAGUAUCUUGCCUAAAGUCACAUAGCUAGUAUGUAGCAAAGCCAGAUUUAACAGGAAAUGAAUGGCUCCAGUCUAUGCUCAAAAUCACUGUUGGACUAAAAGCCUCUAUUUUGCCAAUGAGUAUGGAGAAAAGAUACAGGGAGGAAGAUACCAUAACAUCAUAUUUGCCUCCCAUCAAGGUCAAAUUACUCUCACAUGUGUUAAGGACAUCUUUUAGUGGUUUGAGCAAAAAAGCACUGUAAAUGAAUACAGGUACUGACCUGUGAGCAAAAACUUCCUGAUUUUUAUAUAGUUUUCUGUUUGAUUAAUCUUUCUUAAUCCUAAUCCAUCAUCUUCAUUUUCUAAAACUGACAUGCUCUCAAUGAUUAUGGCACUGAGAUCUUUGAGUUUACCCUUGACUUUUUUUUUUUUUUUGUCUUUUUGCUAUUUCUUUGGGCCGCUCCCUCGGCAUAUGGAGGUUCCAGGCUAGGG